AACGAACGACGACUACGAUUGAUUUUACGAGAUCCCAAGUCGAUAUUGUGCCACGUCGAAAUCGGAACUCGGCUCGACUACGAUCUCAUUUCAUAGAGCCGAUUUGUUUUUCCAUCGUCGACGACGCAAAAUUAUUUAAAAAGAAAUAUCAUUCUCAACAGACCAUGACCACCGCAUCGAUCAACGACAACGUGGUCGAGAUACGAAAAUUAAACCAAUAUCUCGGAGCCUUCGUAGCGUCCCUGGGCGGUUUUGCGCUUGGCAUCUCACUAGGUUGGAAUUCAAAGGCUAGUGUUGUACUGAGGAAUUAUUUCGAUGCUACUGCAACUGAAAUCGGAUUGAUCGGGGGCAUUUUAAAUGGUGGCAUCUGUAUAGGAGCGAUAUCGAUGAUGUUUAUUGCAGGACGAGUCUCUAGAACGAAGAUCAUGUUCUGGACGAUGCCGGUUCUUCUUCUCACGUGGAUUCUAAUGAUCAGCCAUCGUGGACAGAAGGUUGUAUUAUUCCUUAUUGGAAGAUUUAUUUGUGGCAUCUGUGGCGGUGUAUUCUGUGUUCUGACGCCGAUAUACGUGGCCGAAAUAGCAAGCAAAGAAACUCGAGGGCGUUUGCUCGCGUUCUUUCAACUUCUUAUUAACUGUGGCGUGAUGUACGCUUUCUACGUAGCUCACGCAAUCACUGAAGUUGAAACUGUGUGGAGGUACAGCGCAAUUUGUGGGCUCGCGUGUCUUUCGAUCGCGCCAGUAAAAUUAUUACCUGAGAGUCCGCUCUACUAUUUGUCGAGGAACGACGAGAUCAAUGCAGAAAAAUCCUUGAGAUGGUAUCGCGGCGAUACUUACGAUGUCCAGCACGAAAUCAGCGAAACGAAGCGUCUCAUUCUUGUGACUAGCUCGAAAAAGUUUAGCUUGAAGUUGGUAAGAAAUCGCCGAGUACUUCGUUCCAUCGCAACUUGCUUUGGAGUAAUCCUGGCCCAACACUUGUGUGGCGUCAACAUGAUGAUUUUCUACGCCCUGAUCCUCUUCGACACCAGCGGUUCCGGUGAACUAACCGGAAGCGAACAGACGUUGGUCGUCGGUGCCGUUCAAAUAUUGGUAUCUCUCUUGGCUGCGUUCCUCGUCGACGUACUUGGACGUCGAAUUCUCCUCACCCUCUCCUCCCUUCUCAUGGGAUUGUUCCUUAUACUGCUAGGAUGGUUCUUUAGCCUACGCGACGCUGAUCCCGAAAAUGACGACAUUUACUUCUGGAUGUCGCCCACAUGGAUCACUCUGAUCUUUGCCUCAUUCAAUCUAGGUCUUGGGCCAAUUUCCUGGUCUCUGUUAGGUGACACGCUUCCGGAACAACUGAAGACACCAGUGGUUUCCGUUGCAGUUGCUUUCGGAUGGUUAAUCUCGCUGAUGGCCACCCUGACUUUCGACGAAAUGAUCAUUUCCCUAGGUGGUACGAAAGUCAUGUGGCUUUCUGCCGCCAUAUGCUGGUUAACAGGCCUAUUCUGUGCCAUCGUGGCUAAAGACAACACUGGCAAAAGUCUAAUAGAAAUCCAAGAAAACUUUCGUAUCGAGUCUAACAGAGAACUAGCGAGAACCUGAUAGUUGUUCUCUAAUUUUUAUUACAAUUAGGAUUUGAUUCAGUGGUAUUUCGUAUUUUGAAUCUUGAACGAGGUGAUAAUCCGUCUUUUUUUGUACUUUAUUCAGAUUUGGUCAAGAAAUUACGCGUUUUUAACUAUCUUUAAAGACAUUUUGUAGUUAAAGCAAAUAGAAAUGGAUCUCUGUAUAAUGGAUUGCGGAUUUUUAUGCAGUUUUAUAUUUUUAGGAACACAAUUGAAGAAGCGGAACUCAAUAGAUUUAUUUCACCCAUUAGAUAUUAUUAUGAGUACUAUACUUCGGAUAUUUUUAUAUAUAUUUAUAUAGUAUAUGCAUUACUGCAUCUUCGGAUUUCCUACAAAUGCAUAAACAUUCGUAGUCUGAUGAUUGCUUUAUAAAAAAGUAUGUAUAAUGAACACAUAGUAAUUAUUGGUUCAAAUAAACUGCGAAGACGUUACUGUUUAA